AACCCAUGAACGGCAUAGUAUCAUGGCAGCGGCUAAGCUACAUAUUGAUGACUCUCGUCGGGAUCCAAUGCUUCUUCUUAUACCACAGCAUCGGAAGUAGCGAGCCUACUCAUCUUCCAAGACCUGCGCGACUCACCGAGAUCUCUGCCGAGGCGUCUGGAUAUGCUGAUCUCGAGUCAACGACGCAGUCAAAUGCAACAAACGAGUACUUUUUUAACGAAUACGUGGAUUCACUUACCGCAGAGCAAUGCGAGAUUGCUUUCCCCGACAUCUAUUACGAAGCGGAGCGCGCUACGAGAUACUGGAAGAAGCGAAAUCACAUCAUAUCCGGAGAUGACCUCCAUAUGCCUCCCGAUGGGCAUGUCAGGUUUCUCAUACACCGCAACGAACUUCGUAUAAUCAACUCCAGCAAUGCCUAUUCCGCGCUAGGCCGCGGAGAACGCGCUUUGGCAGUGACCAAUCUUCUUCACCGAGCCGUUGAAAGCGCGAAGGCUGGUGGCGAGAGGCUUCCCACGAUCGAGUUCACGGUGUCUCUGUUAGAUAUUACUGAGCCACCAACUUUACACGACACGUAUACAACCUGGGUCUGGACGCGGGAACUGGCCGAUGAUACUACAGAGCGCGGGAAAAAGCAGCGCCGCUUCUGGGUUAUGCCGAACGUCGAAUUCUAUGCUUCCAUGGACAGGAACUUGGGUGCCUACCAUGAUGCUCGUCAUCGAGCUGCUCAGCACGAUUCUUCCCUCGAAGAUAAGAUACCCGAAGCAGCUUGGCGCGGCACAGCUUGGGUGAAUCCAGAGCUUCGUGGUGGACUGGUGAACAAGACCAAAGGCAAGCCCUGGGCUUCUGUUCACACCAUCGACGCGAAUGACCCAAAACACGCUCAUCAACUCAGAAUGGACGAGUUCUGCUCCUACCGAUUCGCAAUUCAUACCGAAGGAAUCGCAUAUUCGGGUCGAUUGCAGUAUUUGCUCAAUUGCGACAAUCUACCCAUCAUCCAUAAGCUCGCUUGGACGACGCAUUGGAAUCAUCUACUCAUUCCCGAAGGCCCUCAACAGAAUUACAUCCCCGUCAAGCGAGAUUGGUCCGACCUUGAGAGUCAAGUGAAGUUCUAUACUGAGAACCCAUUCAACGCGAAUAUGAUUGUGAAGAAUCAUCUCAAGACCUUCCGGGACAGGUAUCUAACGAGAGCGGCUACGAGUUGUUAUAUUAGGAGGUUAAUGCAUGAGUAUGCGAGUGUGAGCUGGAGACCUGAAGUGGACGAGAGUGUCUCUAGACGAAAUGACACGAAAACGGCAGCUAGUAAAGUUGUGAGGAGGAGAGGGCUGAGUUUUGAGGAGGUGAUGUUGAAUCCUCAUGAUUUCAGGAAUGCCAGUGACUUUUAUGGAAAUUGGGACUACGAGUAGUCUGACUCGUUGGAAAGAUAUCCCCCAUCUGUUUUGAAGUCCUUUUGUGCGAGUAUGUAGUAUAUGUCAAGUCAAUCGAGCAUUUCCC